AAAGGCGAUUUAUUCGUGUUGCAGCGAGAGCGGAUAAAAUGCGAAGAAUAUUGCGGGUUUGUGCGUUUGUAAUAAUCGAUGUACUGUUUGCUGAACUCGGCACGUGCAUGCCGACGCCGCAGUUUUACAGCGGGAGUCCGGUGGUGGAGCUCCCUGGCGCUGCCAUCGCCGGGCGAGCCAGCCCGCGGGCCAGCGGGGGAGCGGGGAUGGUGUACGUGCUGGUUGGUUUGGUGAGCCUCCCUCUGCUGGUCACCGUGCUGUGGCUGCUGCGCCAGUUGUGGCGCAUGCUGGCCUCCUGCGCCGGCCGGGGCUGCCCCGCCACAGCGCGCUGCGCCAGUCGGCCCGACCACGGCCUGGAGGAGGUCGUGAUCAUACCCGCCGACCACCAGUUGCACGGCUCAGUUCCUCAGGGCGUGCCGUCUGCUAGCAGUGCCCUGCUGCGUGAUGGGCCACUAGCAUCUUCCCAACAGCAACACCAGUUUUCACCUGUUUCUCUGAUGGAAGAGAUGUUGCUUGCGUCGACUCGUGAACAGAUGCAGAGUGCAUCAACACCUCAGCUACACGACUGCUCACUUGCCUCUUCUCGCGAGCAGAUGAUGUCCUCUUCUGCUCCUCUGGACCAAGAGGCGGUGCUGAUGUCCAUCCAUGACCAGCUGCAGCGGGAAUAUAGGGAACUGGUGACCUGCAACCACCAAAUGCUCUUGUAUUCAACGGCUCCUCAAGUGGAAUACGAUAAGGAGUUGUUCGCUGAUUACCAGUCUCCUAGCCGACACACAGAAGAGACGGAAGUAGGGGCCACAUGCGACGAGGAUCAAGCGGUGCUUUCACCUCCGAUGCAGGAUUUGGAAGUGGUUUCUAUCCCUGAUGCCUUCGCUCCUGCCGAUGCCGACUGUGACAACACACAGUAUACCCAGGAGUUACGGAAAAUCAACUUUAUGAAUUCAACAUUUUCAGCAGUUGUGAAAGCCAGACUCUCUGGUCUUAGGUCACUGCAAAGGACGUGGUGGGUUUUGGCUUCUAUUACGCCCUAUUGGCACCACGAAAUCACUCAACGCCGAAACAUCCAGCUUACCUAUGCGAGAGAAAUGGGGGAGGUGUUUCAUGCUUACCCUCCCGAACACCGACAAGAAUCGCCAUUUUCUCCGAGAGAAGAGGCCUUUGAUAUUUAUUCUCUUGAACAACUGGUUGUCGACACAUCGUUUCCGAGGAAAGAGGUAUGUGAGACCAAUCCCCCCGAGCAGCUGCAUGAGUCACUAUCAUCGCCAAGGGAAGAGGCCUUUGAAAAUUAUCCUUCUAAGAAGCUGCGAGAUUCACCAUCAUCUUUGAGGGAAGAGGUCUACGAGACGUAUCCUCUUGAACAGCUACAAGCAUCAACAUCAUCUUCAAGGGAAAGGGCUGUUGAUACUUAUCGUUCCGAGCAGCUGCAUGACUCACCAUCAUCUUUGAGGGAAGAUGUCUAUGAGACAUAUCCUACCGAGCUGCAUGAAGCACCAUUAUCUCCAUGGGAAGAGACUUUUGGCACUUAUCCUACUGAGCAGCUGCAAGAUUCGCGAUCACCUUUGAGGGAAGAAGUGUACGAGACGUAUCCUUUUGAACAGCUGCAAGCCUCAACAUCAUCUUCAAGGGAAGGGGCCUUUGAUGCUUAUCCUCCCGAGCCGAUGCAAGAGAUUCCAUUCCCUUUGAAAGAAGAGGUCUAUGAAACAUAUCCUCCAGAGCAGCUGCAUGAGUCACCAUCAUCUCUGCAGGAAGAGGCCUUUGAGAAGUAUCCUUCUGAACACCUACAUGUAUCGACAUUGUCCGCGAAGAAAGAAGUCUUUGAGACUUAUUCUAUUGAACCGCUGCAAUCAUCAACAUCAUUUCCGAGGGAAGAUCUGAAUGAGACUCAUUCUUCCGAAAAGCUACAAGUGGUAUCACCACACAUGAGAAACAAGAAUACUGGUACCUUUACCUACUAUAAGCUACAACUACCACCGUUUCCGCCACAACAACUUCCUUUGAAAGAAGAGCUGUAUGAAACGUUUCCUCCUUUGAAAACAUUGUCUGCGAAGGAAGAGGUCUUUGAGACUUAUUCUAUUGAACCGCUGCAAUCAUCAACAUCAUUUCCGAGGGAAGAUCUGAAUGAGACUCAUUCUUCCGAAAAGCUUCAAGUGGUAUCACCACACAUGAGAAACAAGAGUUCUGGUCCCCUUACCCACUAUAAGCUACAACUACCACCGUUUCCUCCACAACAAGUUCCUUUGACAGAAGUGGUGUAUGAAACGUUUCCUCCUUUGAAAGCUGAUAUUGUCACUACCCCUUCAGAAUAAAGAGGCACUUUUGCGAUAUACCAA